AUGCCAGCUGUCUUCGCUUCUUUGGCACUGUUGUUCAUUUGUGCCACGGGCCUUUGGGUGGCCUUGACAGAAGAGCCAACUCAUGGGCCCUGUCAAGCUGUCGCUUCAGCUGGAGACGGCAUAGAGGUGUGGGUACGACAUCCAUUCACGCUGCGCAUUUGUGUUUUGAAGAUGCUUCCCUCCGAGCCACUGCACGCUGCAACUGCCAAGCUGUUCGGCAAUGCCCUGCCUGAACGCAGCCAGAUGAUUCUUGAUGGCCGGAUUAUUCCAGCAAGCACCGAAGUACGCCAAUUGAGCUCAAGCUGUGUUGUCCGUUUCUGUGUAACCCCUCUUGUCGGAGGAGCGAAGCUAAUGCAACUUGAUACCUUGGAAAGUGCACAACAGUGGGUGGAAGACAACAAAGAGUUCUUGAAGGUUCAUGUUGCAAGCCAAUACGAUGCCAUGCGUGCUUUGCUGGACUUGCGUGCAAAGCCCCCGCAGCGAGGCGACAUUAAUGAAUGGCGCAAGCUAGCAACUCGGUGGCAAGUUGGCCGGAAGCCGUUGGAGAAUAUGAAAGCAGAGAUAGAGAUGAAAUUUCUCUGCGCCGCGCGCAGUGCAUUGCAGGAGUUCAUACAGACACACGCCGACCGCAGCCCUUUGCACGUGGGUGUACUCGGGAGUCUUAACAGCAUCUGUGAAGCUGACGGUUCUGGCUCUAGUGCCUUGCUGGUCUUGCCAGGAGCAUCGUUCGAUAAAAAGGUCUUGGUGCCAAGGUCCUGCAUAGCCGGUCUUUUAUCGAAUGGAGCUGUGGAAGAGGUUGCUGUUGCGACUUUUGCAUGGACGACAGCCCUGUCGGUGUCUGAUCAGAUUGAAGCAUUGCUGACCAACCUGCCGGAAGGAAGGCAGAGAUCAGUUUUGAGCUCACGCUUGAUGGGGACGUGCAAGUCUGAGGCCAGAACAACAUCCUCGUUCUCAGAGCCGGCUGGCAUGCAAGGGACCGUCCACAGCAGAAACGAUGUCCCGAACAUAGACGUGCAGAACCGAAGCGAGGGUGCGAGAGAAAACGUACUAGCAACAUCAAAGAAACGUAAAACAGUCACGGGACGACCAGAGCCAAGUGUCAGCACUCGUGCAGCUUUCGACGACAGAAGCGCUGGUUCCAACAUGGACAAGCGGAAAAUCUGCGGAGAUGAAACAGAGAGCGUCGUGCCAAGCUUGAAACGGCCCAAGUCAAUUUUCGAUCGCCUACAGGAGGCUGCCCGCAAUCAAGCUGAAGAAGAGCCUGGCACCUAUGCAUUGGUGCCCGACAGCUUCGGGCAUGGCCCGCCAGAUGGACGUCGCGUAGCUUUCUGGUGGACAAGAAGCAUGCAUGUGCUGCAAGAGAAGUUAAAAGCUUUUCGUGAAAAGUUUCCGGACGCGUGCCUCCUGUCCCAAUGGCAGAAGCUGCAAAAGCAUUUAUCGUUAUGCGGUAAUAGUGGCUCGUUGAGAAGCAUGUUGUCUGACUCGGCUUGGCGUGCGCGUGCUGUGGGCAGUGAUCGUGUUCGACUAAAGCUUGCCGAAGUAGGUUGGCGACAAUUCAGACUGCCAUCUGAAUUUUUGCAUUACCAGCUGAGUAAGCAUGUCUUUGAUGAAGUCACCGAGUUGUUGGCACGCGACGAGAGAGAAGCACUUGUUGCGCCUAAAUCCGAGUCCGAUGGCACUCGGUCCUGUCCAUGCAACUUGGCAACAUUCAUAGCACAGUGUCAAGACCGGUCUCUGCAGGACAUCUAUCCUUUUGUGUUGACGUUGCCGGACAGUCCCUGUUGUCAACCGCGACCAAGUCAUUUUGUCCGCCAACUAGCUUUGUUGGAGUUGAACACGAAAGAAUAUUGCGAUUUGCCGUUUGAGUUUACAGCCCUGCAAGUAUUAAUCAGUGAGAGCCGCAAGCAACGCCGCUCGUGCUGUUCGCCUGACAGCUUGCGGGAGGCUGCGUGCCAAACUUUGCUUGCGUAUGUGGCCUCUGAAAGCAACAUGCGUGCAAAUCUUGUGUUUCUGCAGCUGCAUGACUUAGAGCCAGAUGAGCAAGCUCGUGAAAUACAAGGCAUGGUAUCCGCAGCUCUAUCAUGUUUUGCUAAGCAUGGCGUUGACUUAACGUGUCGCGAUGAGUUGUCUGUAGCUAGUUUAUGCGUCAUGCACCAUUUUCUGCACAAGCGUGUUGCGAAGCGAAUGAGAACCAAAUGGUCGACGACGCUUUUUCCGACAGAGGACUUCGUUCCGGUCAACACUGCUCUAUGGCGACCGGAGCUGGCAAUGCACUGCGAUGUACCAUGCAGCUUCGGUUCUGACGACACUGGUUUUUCAAAGCCCGAGCACGAAGAUCAGUUGCGACCACGCGCUUUUGCGACACCGCCUGUUCUGUGCCAACUGUGUCAUUGUGGAUUCUUGGGCAUGGAUGCCCUCAAAAAGCACACCUCCUUGCAUGGAGGCUGGGCCGAGUACAGAAAACAAGUGAUCUUCAGACUUCAGAAUGCACCCUUGCAGCCGUUGAAGGCGUGGCAGAAACGUGCCAUGGUUGCAUCGUUCAGCUUCUUUGAAACGCAUUCUGUGCCGCAAAGUCCGAACGAUUGGAUGCAGAGAACUUUUGCAGAGGCAGUUCCUCGACGAGAAGAAGCUUGCGUGAUUUGUGCCAGAUUGGAUUACAUCGAGAAUCGUUUUGAAGCUUUCUUGUUUGCUGAGCCAGAUGGCACCUCAAAUAUGCAGCGCGUGUAUGGAGCCGCUGGGGACAAUGAUUCCACAGACAACGAUUCCGAUCGCUCCGCAUCGGAUGAAGAAACACGUGAGUCCAUGAAGCCAGGGCCGUUGUUUACAAGACAGGGCAAGUUUUGCUUUGGGCCUGCAGAGGACGUGCACAAAAUCCUCGACGUUGAGCGAUAUGUCCAGCUUCGACCGAGAAUUCCCCCUGCAGAACUUCAUGGGAGCUCAGUCCAGCAUCCUGAUGAUCGCACAAAAAGAUGGUUGCUGCAUACCAGACGUGUUGCCACACGUCCAGUCUCAGAAGCUGCUGAGCUGACAACAGAGAAACAGCCGCCUUGUGCUGGAGUAUGA